AUGGGGAAGAGGAAGUCAUCGGCAAAGCCUGCGGCUCCUAAGAAGAGGAUGGACAAGCUUGACACUGUGUUCAGUUGUCCCUUCUGUGGCCAUGGCAACAGUGUCGAAUGCCGCAUUGAUAUGAAGAAUCUGAUUGGGGAAGCCAGUUGCAGAAUAUGCCAAGAACACUUCAGCACAGCUGUCAAUGCCUUGUCUGAAGCAAUAGACAUUUACAGUGAAUGGAUCGAUGAAUGUGAACGGGCUAACCAUCUAGAAGAUGAAGCUGAUGCUUAAGAAGACCUGAAGCGCCUGAGGCCUAGAAUGCCAUCAUACAACAUUUACAUACCGUACUAGUUUCCAAGCUUAUGUCGCAGCUUUAGAUUUGGCUUGUUUUGAAUAAUGCUUAGCCAAGAUGUUGAAACGUUAGAAUUUUGACAUGCUUGUCAAGCUUUCACUUUCAUUAUCCAAUGCACAUAUUCAAGUUUUGUAUCAGGAGAGAAUUGAUUAUGAUGCGUCUUUGUUUGGUAUUGCUUUCAAGUUUCAACACUGAAACAAAAUGCUGCAACUCCCUGCAAGCCUUUUCAGUCCAACCUUCGCCAGGGAAAAAUAGAUUAACAAGCAGACCACAAUAAUGGGAACAUCAGCAUUGACAAAAGUGAAGACAAUGAAACCUCUGAAGGCAUAGUACAGAUGAAAAUGUCCAUCUAUAGAGAGGUAUCAAUUAUAUACCCAAUACACAACUAGAAAGUUCAUAUUGCAGAAUGCACACUUGACUUACGCACAGUCGCACGCUGCAUCCCGUUCCAGUUUUGGUGACACUACUGAUUUCUGGUGUCGACGACAUAUUGCAAUUAGUUAUCAAAUGUGCUGGCAUUAAGUUAGAAUAUGCUCUAACCAUGUGAGGCAGCUAUUCACAGUAUCUCCAUAGAGCCAAAAAUGAGCUCGACUUCAGAAUGGAAGAAACAGAUGACCAGAUAAGUGAAGAA